AUGGCUUCACAAAAACAAGCCUUUGAUCUGUCGAAAUGUGCGCGACCAAAUAUCUUGAAAUUGCACCCCUACCGAUGUGCCAGAGAUGACUACAAAGACGACGGGACAAAUAUCCUACUCGACGCCAAUGAGAAUGCCUACGGACCGGGUCUGUUACUAAAUAGAGAUGGGAAUAUAGAAGGUACCGCGACAACGAGUACUUCGCCGCAGGUUGACUUUUUGGGAUUGAAUCGCUAUCCUGAUCCGCACCAGAUCGAUUUGAAGCAAUUGAUCUGCAACCUCCGAAAUACCAAGGUACACACACAGAAAGACCUGAAACCAGAAAACUUGUUUGUCGGCGUCGGAUCGGACGAGGCAAUUGACGCUUUGCUACGAUGUUUCUGCGUGCCGGGACAAGACAAGAUCCUCACCUGUCCUCCAACAUACGGAAUGUAUGCCGUCAGCGCCGAUGUGAAUGAUGUCGGAAUCGUCAAAGUACCACUCGACGUCAACAACGGGUUUCAACUACAGCCCGACAAAAUCAACGAAGCGCUAUCAGCCGACGACAGGAUAAAGAUUGUGUAUAUUUGUUCACCUGGCAACCCGACAGCGAACUUGAUACGAAAAGAGGAUAUCCAAAAAGUUCUCGAACACCCGACGUGGAACGGUAUCGUUGUCGUGGACGAAGCAUAUAUUGACUUUGCGCCCGAAGGGUCGAGUCUGGCGGAAUGGGUUAAUGAGUGGCCCAACCUUGUUAUUAUGCAGACGCUCAGUAAGGCCUUUGGUUUGGCCGGUAUCAGAUUGGGGACUGCGUUCUCGAGCCCCGAGAUUGCGGUGUUGCUAAAUAGUAUGAAGGCGCCUUAUAACAUCUCCAGUCCAACGAGCGCAAUUGCCCAAGCAGCGUUUACACCAGCCAAUCUUGCUGUUAUGCGGAAGAAUUGUGCGAAGAUUAUUGAACAGCGUGAUCGGAUGUUGCGAGAAAUGCCCAAGAUCCCUGGAGUUGGACGAUUCCUCGGUGGUCAGGCGUCGAAUUUCCUGCUUGUUGAGAUGCUUAACAAGGAUGGAAAACCUGAUAACGUUGUUGCGCUGGCAACGUAUGAAGCCAUGGCUGAGAAAAAAGGGGUCGUGGUACGUUUUCGGGGUAAGGAGUACGGAUGUGAGGGUUGCUUGAGGAUAACAGUGGGCACGGAAGAGGAGGUAACUCGAUUCCUGAAGGAGUUGCGGGUUGUCCUUGAGAAUUUGCACUCGAAUACACCGAUACAGUCGUCGAAGGAGGAGCAAGAAAAGGAAAUUGAGGCUAACGAGGUCGUUGCAUGA